GCUUCAUAAAAGUUGUACAAAGUCAAAGGAGCCAUUACUGGAAUGAAAAAGGGGGCUUGGUACUGUACCUAAAUUUCAAAAGGUUGUAACUUAAAAACCAGUUGGAAAUUGAAGCUGAAAUUUUGGAUUCUUUCUUUUGACAUAGAAAGGAAAUUUCAAAGAAAUUGGUAUCAACACUGAUAAAAGUAUUCAGUAAGAAUUGGAUGCAUCAAGUUUAAUUCAAAGAGAAUGGAGAACAUCAAAAUUGGAGGCGUAACAGUGGAGUUCCCAUUUGAGCCAUAUGAUUGCCAGGUGGACUACAUGCAAUGUGUUAUACAGUGCUUGCAACAGAAAAGCAACGCUAUACUCGAAAGUCCAACAGGUACGGGCAAAACCUUAUGCCUUCUGUGCGCUUGUCUGGCGUGGAGACAAUCUUACGUAGCAAACCAUGAGUUGGAGAAAUGUGUCGGUGACAGUAGGCCAGGCAAUGAGUUUGCAAACACAAUAUCCGCGGAACUGAAAGAGGCGGCUGGGACAUGGCAAGGAUCGGCCGGAGGGGUAUUUGCAAGUUAUCCAAAGAUUAUCUAUGCAUCCAGGACACAUUCUCAACUAUCCCAGGUGGUGCAAGAAUUGAAACAAACUUCAUACAGGCCGAAAGUAUGCGUCCUUGGUUCUCGGGAACAGAUGUGCAUCCACCCACAGGUGAUGAAACAGGAGAACAACAUGGCCAAAGUUCACAUGUGCCGCGCCAAGGUAUCUGCGAGGACGUGUUAUUACUACAACAACGUUGAAAAUAAGAAAACUGAGAAAGAUUUUAAUGAUUCUAUUCUGGAUAUUGAAGACCUUGUGAAAUUUGGCCAUAAGCACAAGACAUGCCCGUAUUACAUUGCAAAGGAAUUCCACACAUCGGCUGAUAUCAUAUUUAUGCCAUAUAACUACUUGCUGGAUCCAAAGUCGAGGAGAGCCCAUGGAAUAGAUCUAAAUAACAAUGUGGUGAUAUUUGAUGAAGCUCAUAAUGUUGAAAAACUUUGCGAGGAAUCAGCAUCAUUUGACUUCUCCUCUGUGGAACUAGCAAGCUGUAUUCAAGAGGUCGGCGCACUUUUAGACAGGGUGAUGGGAUCCCAGAAUGCACCACAACUAUUCAAUGCAGAAGGUGAUUCAGCCGAAGACUUUGACACUACAGCUUUAGCAGUUUUAAAGGCUCUUUUUAUUAACCUGGAGUUAACACUACAGAAGAUAUGUGAUUCAGGUGGGGAGAAAGGGGUGACCAAGCCAGGCAGGUAUAUAUUGGAAGUGUUGAAUGAAGUACAUGUUACCAUGGACACAAAAGAUGAGCUGAUUGAGUUGAUUGAAAAGAUAGUUACUAAUUUAACAAGUAAUCAAACCGCAUUUCAAAACAAAAUUGCUGCACUUUCCAAGUUCAAUGAUAUUCUAAAUAUUGUUUUUUCAAGUCAGAAAUCAUCUAGUAAUAUGAUGAAUGAUGGUGGUCUUUGUUAUAAGGUGCACAUUAGGUAUCCCGAUCUGAAGCAGAAGAAAUCAACUGUAGAUUUUUGGGCAAGCAACAAUGGAUCUACUCCUGGUCAGAAAAAAGGAUUUAUAUGUAGCUAUUGGUGCUUCAGCCCUGGGUACAGCAUGAAGGAGCUAGUAGCCCAGGGAGUGCGUUCCAUCAUACUCACAAGUGGUACUCUGUCACCACUAGACUCUUUUAAGUCAGAAAUGCAAAUAGAUUUCCCGAUUCAACUGGAAAAUCCACAUGUCAUUGAAAGGCAUCAGAUGAAGGUUGCCGUGGUUACUAAAGGAGUUGACGGAAAGGAACUAAACUCAUCCUAUAGGACUAGGUUUGACAUGUCCUAUAUCAUGUCGCUAGGCAACACAAUUGUGAACUUUUGUAGAGUCGUUCCACAUGGCCUACUUGUAUUUUUCCCAUCUUACCCUGUAAUGACUAAUUGCUAUGAGAAGUGGCAAGAGAAUGGUGUCGUAUCUAGGAUGGAACAGCACAAGCAAUUGUUUAUUGAGCCCAAGGGAAAAACAGACUUUGUAGAGACUAUAAAUGGUUUCUACACUAAAGUACAAGACUCAACGCAUGGAGCAGUGUUCUUUGCUGUUUGUAGAGGAAAGGUUUCAGAAGGCUUGGAUUUUGCCAACAACAACGGGAGAGCAGUGUUGAUAACAGGCCUUCCGUUCCCCCCAAGAAUGGAUCCGAAAGUUAUUCUGAAGAUGCAGUACUUGGAUGAGGUGAGGAGUCGCAACCGUCAGAUGUUGAGUGGCCAGCAGUGGUAUCGCCAACAGGCUUCCAGGGCGGUGAAUCAAGCUAUUGGCCGUGUCAUUCGACACAAGCAAGAUUAUGGUGCUAUCGUGUUAUGUGACGUCAGGUUCACACAAACAGAAUCAAAGGCCCAGCUCCCCUCUUGGGUGCGUCCCUAUGUGAAGGUGUAUGAGCAGUUUGGGCAAGCCUUUAGGGAUAUUAACAACUUCUUCAAAGUAGCAGUAAAGACUCUUCCAAAACCAGAACUAAAAGCAUUGCCUCCCCCAGUUGAUGAACCAAGCAACAGGAUGGUUCAGGAACCACUGCGAAAGCCAUCCACUACAAGUUUGGCCAAAGCCAGCAACAUGGAUUCCCUUGUACCUAGCCUGAAGAAAGAUGAAGUGUCUGAUGCCUGUUUACAAAACAUGUAUGGAGAUGCUGCACCUUGUAAUUCCAAGGCAAAAGGGCUUCUGCAAGCACUCAAUCAGGCAGAGAACACUAAAACUGGUGAAGAUGUGCCCUCCUGUAGCCUGUGGUGCCCUUCAAAAACUGAUGCUUCAGAGAGGAGUGGUAAUGAAAAUAAAAAGAGAAAGAAAAUUGUAAUAGUAAAUAAACCAACAAAAAAUGUAUCUGUUAAUAAAAAUCAUGACCAAGUGAGUGCAUCGGUCUCCACAGCACAGAGCUAUAUCAAUCGAGUGCACCAAGCUCUUAACAAGGAAAAUUAUAAGCAAUUUGCAAAACAACUCCAGCAGUAUAAGAAGGAGGAGGAUUUUUGUGACUUAAUUUCAACGUUAGCAACUCUAUUUACCAAUGACGAGAGUCAGUUUCCGCUCUUUCGAGAUUUUUACAAGUUUGUGAAACCUCAUCAUAAGAAACGAUUUUCUGAGACUUGUUUAAACCUGACAGCAUUGUCGUGUAACUACAAGCCAGAACACAGCUUGAAGAUUAACAGAAGUGGAGAAUCCAGUGCUCAAGAUGGCAACAAAGAAAAGAGACGAAAACUUGACAAUGACCAAUUGGAUAAAGCAGCAUCAUAGUUGCCUUGAUGUUCCAGACAUCCCAAAAGGCGAGAGUGCGGCAGAAGUUCAAUACCAGUGCACUAAGAUGUGAAGAAGAUGCAACUCACCAGAUAUUAGAUAAAGCUGUGCAAUAGGCAUUUUGCAAGGUGAAAGUGGAAGAUUUGAAAUAACAAAUAAUUAUUUUGGUAAUGCAUUUUAAUACUUGACUGAAAAAAAAAUGUUAAUUGUAUAUAUAAAACAAUGACAGAAUAUGCCUUUAAAGAAUAUUUAUUCAUGAAAACCCUAUUGCUUAAAACCAGCAUUUGUCAAUAGUAACAGAUUUCAAUAAAAAAAAAA